AUGGCCCAGACUAUAGAAAUCAAUCAGACAGCCAAGAGAGAUAGUAUCAGGGAGUUGGAAAAGAAGUACCAGAAUCGAUGGAGAUCGGAAAAGUUGUUCGAAGUCAAUGCCCCGUCACAGGCCGACAUCGCUGGUCUUUCACCAGUUGAAAUCAAAGAACUCUAUCCAAAAUGGUUCGGAAAUUUCCCCUUCCCCUACAUGAACGGAAGUCUGCAUCUCGGACACGCAUUCACUAUUUCAAAAAUCGAGUUUGCUGCUGGAUACCAAAGGUUACUGGGCAAACGUGUUCUCUUCCCUCAUGGGUUCCAUGUUACCGGAAUGCCUAUCAAGGCGUCAGCGGACAAAAUCAUUCGGGAGAUGGAAAUGUUCGGACCCAACUUUGAAAACUUUGAGGCGGUCACCGCAGAGAUGGCGCGCCUUGAGGCGGAAAAAGAGAAAGAGGAGGAGGCGAACGUCGCGGCCACCCCUGCGGACAAGACGAAGGGAAAGAAAGGAAAGCUGAACGCAAAAUCUACUGGAUUGACAUACCAAUUCCAAAUCAUGGAGUCAAUCAAGGUGCCUAGAGAAGAAAUAAAAAAGUUUGCAGACCCUUUGCACUGGCUGACGUACUUCCCUCCCAUCGCCAUCGAAGACCACAACGACUUUGGAUCACGAAUUGACUGGCGCCGUACUUUCCUUACCACUGAUGCCAACCCUUAUUACGACAGCUUUGUCCGAUGGCAAAUGAACAAGCUCUACAAGCUCAACAAAAUCAAAUUUGGCGAACGUUAUACUAUUUACAGUCCCAAGGACGGUCAACCCUGCAUGGACCACGAUCGUCAAGAUGGUGAAGGAUUUGGACCUACGGAAUACACUGGCAUUAAGAUGGAGGUAGCUGAAUGGAGUCCUGCAGCCAAGGAAGCCAUCGGUGACAAGGUUGGUGGAAGGAAGGUGUUCUUGGUAGCUGCCACGCUCCGCCCGGAAACUAUGUAUGGACAAACCAACACUUUUGUUGGUACAUCCAUCAAGUACGGUAUUUUCGCUGCCAAUGACAAAGAGGCCUACCUCUGUACUCUGCGUGCCGCCCGAAACAUGGCCUUCCAGGGUAUCAUCACUCCACGCGGCCACAUCGAACAACUGGUCGAAAUACCUGGCUCCAAAAUCGUCGGCACCCGCAUCAACGCGCCAUACGCAAUCAACCCCCAGGUGUACGUUCUUCCCAUGGACAACGUCCUCGCCACCAAGGGUACAGGUGUCGUCACCUCCGUACCCUCCGACUCCCCCGACGACUUCCAGACCCUCGUGGACCUGCGCAAGAAACCUGAGUUCUAUGGCAUUCAACCAUCAUGGGCCGCGAUUGACCCUGUCCCCGUCAUCUCCACCCCUACUUAUGGCGAGAUGACCGCGCCCGCCGUAGUCAAACAGCUCAAAAUUCAGUCACAGAAGGACACCAAGCAGCUGGCUGAGGCUAAGGAGAUUGCUUAUAAGGAAGGAUUCUAUAACGGAACCAUGUUGGUUGGCGAGUUCAAAGGUCAAAGCGUCCAGGAGGCUAAGCCCAAGGUUCGAGAUGCGAUGAUCAAGGAUGGUCUUGCAUUCGCAUAUGCUGAGCCUGAGGGCCUUGUCAUCUCGCGCAGCGCUGAUGAGUGUGUUGUCGCAUUGAUGGAUCAGUGGUAUAUAGACUAUGGUGAGGCGUCAUGGAGGAAGGAGGCUGAAGCUAUGCUGGCGAAGAUGAACACCUAUACCAACGAGACGCGUCACUCUUUCGAGAAGACAUUGGACUGGUUGAAUAAGUGGGCCUGUGCUCGUACAUACGGCUUGGGUUCAGUUUUGCCAUGGGACCCUCAGUUCUUGGUCGAAUCUCUCAGUGACUCUACUAUCUAUAUGAGCUACUAUACCGUUGCACAGUUGUUGCAUGAUUCCAGUCUCGACGGAAGCAAACCUGGGCCUUUGGGUAUCACCCCUGAACAGAUGACCGAUGAAAUCUGGGAGUACAUCUUCGCCGGCGGUGCUUUCCCUGAUCCCUCGCCUCUGCCACGCGAAAAAGCCGAUGCACUCAAGCAUGAAUACGAGUAUUUCUAUCCCUUCGACGUACGCUCAUCGGCCAAGGAUCUCGUGCCUAACCACUUGACAUUUUGCCUGUACAACCACGCUGCUCUGUUCCCGGAAGAAAAAUGGCCCUUGGCUAUGCGCACCAACGGACAUCUGAUGCUGAACGGGAAGAAGAUGUCCAAGAGCACAGGGAAUUCUCUUACCAUGCGUGAGGCAAUUGAGAAGUUCGGUGCUGACGCAACCAGAUUGUCUUUGGCUGAUGCUGGAGACGGUUUGGAGGACGCCAACUUCGAAGAGAAGACCGCGAAUGCCAACAUCCUCCGCAUCCACACUCUUUUGGGCUGGUGCGAAGAGAUGGUUAAAGACCAGGCUAAUCUGCGCCACGGAGAAAAGAAUUACCACGACAAAGUAUUCGAACAGGAGAUCAAUGACCUCAUCAACACCACGAAGUCGCACUAUGAAGCUACCAACUAUAAAGAUGCGCUCAAGUUCGGUUUCUACGAUUUCCAGAGCGCGCGUGACUGGUACCGCGAGGUGACCAGCGACGUCGGUAUGCACGCCGACCUCGUUCUGUACUGGAUCCGUACUUCGGCCGUCAUCGUCUCCCCUGUCGCUCCUCACUUUACCGAGCACAUCUGGUCCGCCAUCCUCCAGGAGCCAAAAUCUAUCCAGUUGGCUCUGUGGCCCACACCUAGUACCCCCGUUGACCCCACUCUCAUUGAAGCAGGACAAUAUAUGCGCGGCACAAUCAAGACCAUCCGCGACGCCGAAGGUGCCCUUGUCAAGUCCCUCGCCAAGGCCAAGGGCAAGAAGGGUGCAUCCACUGAGGGGAUGUUCGAUCCUAAAAAGCCUAAAGCUGUCCGUAUAUAUGUGGCGACUACCUUCCCUGAAUGGCAAGACAAGUGCGUACAGGUCGUCCAAGAUGCAUACUCAAAGGAGGAAGAUAAGGUCGACGAUGCAAAGGUCAAGCAGCUGUUGACGGAGCAAGGUCUUAUCAAAGAUAAGCGUGCAAUGCCCUUCAUCCAGGUGUUCAAGAAACGCAUGGCCCAAUAUGGCGCCGAGACUGCAUUCAGACGCGCCCUUCCCUUCUCUGAGGGCGCUGUCCUUCGUGAGUUGCUGCCAUACUUGAAGAAAACCCUGAGCCUGGCCGAUGCCUCAGUCUUGUCGGUCGAGGAGGCUCUUCAGAAGGAACAGGAACCAGGAUAUACCAGAUCCAUUAUUGACUCUUCGGAACCAGGAUCCCCUGGCUUCGAAUAUUAUAACGUAUAG